AUGCGGCCGCAGUUGUUUCGUGCGGCCGCCCGGUCUAUCCGGGUCCCAAAGGGCAACUAUCCCAGGGCCUUCGCGACGACAACCCCUCGCUCUGCCGAGGUGGAACUCACAAUUGGUACGCCCCAUUGGACUUUGACUGCUACGUUCUGUUCGAACACUAACAUUUCUGGCUCCGCUCUGAUCCAGGCUUGCGAGAAGGCUGGCGUGACUAUUCCGAGAUACUGUUACCAUGAGAAGCUCCUUAUCGCAGGAAACUGCCGUAUGUGUCUCGUCGAGGUGGAGCGUGCUCCCAAGCCCGUCGCGUCGUGUGCUUGGCCCGUACAGCCAGGGAUGAACGUCAAGACCAACUCCCCGCUCGUUCACAAGGCCAGAGAGGGUGUCAUGGAAUUCCUUCUCGCGAACCACCCCCUCGAUUGCCCCAUUUGUGACCAGGGAGGCGAGUGUGACCUUCAGGAUCAGUCGAUGCGCUAUGGUGCGGACCGGGGACGUUUCCACGAGGUGGGCGGCAAGCGUGCCGUUGAGGACAAGAACAUUGGACCCCUGGUCAAGACAUCGAUGAACAGAUGCAUUCACUGCACUCGCUGUGUUCGGUUUAUGAACGACGUCGCCGGUGCCCCCGAACUCGGAACCGCCGGCAGAGGAAACGACAUGCAGAUUGGUACCUACCUCGAAAGAAACCUCGACUCCGAACUUUCUGGCAACAUCAUCGACCUUUGCCCCGUCGGUGCCCUUACUUCGAAACCCUAUGCCUUCCGCGCUCGUCCCUGGGAGUUGAAGCACACGGAAUCGAUUGAUGUCCACGACGCCUUGGGCUCCAACGUCCGGAUCGACACCCGAGGCAUGGAAGUUAUGCGCAUUAUUCCCAGACUCAAUGACGACAUCAACGAAGAAUGGAUCAACGACAAGUCCCGUUUCGCCUGUGAUGGUCUCAAGACCCAGAGACUGACUACGCCCUUGAUCCGCAAGGACGGCAAGUUUGUCCCCGCCACUUGGGAACAGGCUCUCACCGAGAUUUCCUCAGCCCAGCAGAAGCUCCAGCUGAAGGAGAACGAGUUCAAGGCUAUUGCCGGACACCUUGUUGACGCUGAAGCCAUGGUGGCCAUGAAGGAUCUCGCUAACAAGCUUGGCUCGGAUAACCUGGCCCUCGAUCAGCCUGGAGGAAGCUCGCCGAUUGCCCACGGUAUCGACGUUCGUUCGAACUAUCUCUUCAACUCUCAGAUCUACGGCAUUGAGGAAGCCGAUGCCAUCCUCCUGGUGGCCACGAAUCCUCGUCAUGAAGCCUCUGUCCUCAACGCCCGCAUCCGCAAGCAGUAUCUCCGCUCCGAUCUCGAAAUCGGACUCGUCGGAGAGCAAUUCGAGAGCACUUUUGAAUUCGAGCAUCUCGGAGCUGAUGUGGCUUCUCUCAAGUCUGCUCUGUCGGGCAAGUUCGGCGAGAAGCUUGCUGCCGCUAAGCGCCCUAUGAUCGUUGUUGGUAGCGCUGCGGCCGAACACCAGGACGCCAAGGCCAUCUUCGAGGCCGUUGGCAGCUUUGUCGAGAAGCAUGCGAACUUCAACACGCCGGAGUGGCAAGGCUACAACGUCCUCCAGCGUGCCGCGUCCCGGGCCGCUGCCUUUGAGGUCGGUUUCACUACGCCGUCCCCGGAGGUCGCCCAAACCAAGGCCAAGAUGGUGUGGCUCCUCGGAGCGGAUGAAGUCAGCCAGAGUGAGAUCCCUAGCGAUGCGUUUGUCAUCUACCAGGGUCACCACGGAGACCGCGGUGCCCAGCUCGCCGAUGUCGUUCUUCCCGGCGCGGCAUACACCGAGAAAUCCGGCACCUACAUCAACACCGAAGGACGGGUGCAAAUUACUCGUGCGGCUACUUCCAUGCCUGGUGCUGCUCGUGAGGACUGGAAAAUUGUUCGGGCCACGAGCGAGUUCCUUGGUGCCCCUCUUCCUUACGAUGACAUCGAGGCUCUCCGUGACCGCAUGGAGGAGAUUAGCCCUGUGAUGCGCCGCUAUGACGUUGUCGAGCCGACUUCCCUCAGCUCGUUGAGCAAGGUCCAGUUGGUUGACCAGAACAAGGGCAGCCAAGCCACCGGCGCUCCUUUCAAGAAGGUCAUUGAAGACUUCUACUUCACUGACUCGAUCUCCCGGAGCUCCCCUACCAUGGCUCGCUGCUCAGCGGCCAAGGCUACUGGAAACCCGGAAACGAACUUCAUGGCUGCUGGUGAAAUGUCCCCUCAAGCCCUGUAUGGCUAG